AGUCCGAUUUUUUAGCCAGUUUUAGACGGUCUAAAACCCACAAACCGCACCCACACACACCGCCCUGAAACCUAUUCAAAAAAUGGUUAAAGCAAAUUGGACCCAUCAAGCCACUAAUGGCGCCUGUGAACUGCACCAAUGGCGCAAUUGUUGGCUGUGUUGCCGUUUUCUCUCUCUCCUUAGCUACUCUCUCUUACUUCCUUUUCAACCAACAACGAACUUUCAAGAAUCCCAAAUCAAAAUCCCAUAAACCCAAUUCUUGUAAAAAAUAUGGUAGUGGAAUUGUUGGUUUAAUUGGAAAUACACCCUUAAUUAGAAUUAAUAGCCUUUCUGAUGCAACUGGUUGUGAGAUUCUGGGGAAAGCUGAGUUUUUGAAUCCAGGUGGAAGUGUCAAGGAUAGGAUUGCUGUCAAAAUCAUAGAAGAGGCACUUGCAUCUGGCCAACUAGCUCCAGGUGGAGUAGUUACUGAAGGUAGUGCUGGAAGUACUGCUAUUAGUCUCGCGACAGUUGCUCCUGCUUAUGGAUGCAAAUGUCAUGUUGUGAUUCCAGAUGAUGUUGCUAUUGAGAAGUCUCAAAUUAUCGAAGCCCUCGGAGCAACAGUUGAGCGGGUCAGGCCAGUAUCGAUAACUCACAAAGACCACUUUGUAAAUGUAGCUAGAAGACGGGCAGAAGAAGCUAAUGAACAAGCAGCAAACCGUGAGAAAAGUAUUCAAACACCUAACAAAGACAAAGAGCAAACAAAUGGUGAAACAUUUGAGGAGCAGAACGACAACUACGUAUUUUCAAGUGGUUGCACCGGAGGUUUUUUUGCCGACCAGUUUGAAAAUUUGGCCAAUUAUCGGGCCCAUUAUGAAGGUACUGGACCUGAAAUCUGGGAGCAAACUGAAGGGAAGGUGCAUGCAUUUGUAGCUGCUGCUGGAACAGGAGGCACAGUAGCUGGCGUGUCACAGUUUCUCAAGGACAAAAAUGCAAAUAUUAAGUGUUUCCUCAUUGAUCCUCCUGGUUCUGGAUUGUUCAAUAGAGUAACAAGGGGAGUUAUGUACUCUAAAGAGGAGGCUGAAGGAAAGAGGCUUAGGAAUCCCUUUGAUACUAUAACUGAGGGCAUUGGAAUUAACAGGUUGACUCAGAAUUUCAUGAUGGCGAAGUUGGAUGGCGCUUUCCGAGGCACAGACAAGGAAGCUGUUGAAAUGUCUAGUGUUGAACUUUGUAGGUACCUCUUGAAGAAUGACGGGCUUUUCUUAGGCAGCUCUUCAUCCAUGAAUUGCGUUGGAGCUGUUAGGGUUGCACAGGCUAUGGGUCCUGGCCAUACCAUUAUUACAAUUCUAUGUGACAACGGAAUGAGACAUUUGAGUAGGUUCUACAAGGCUGAGUACCUCUCUCAACUUGAUUUGUCUCCAACUGCCACCGGUUUGGAAUUUCUUGGUCUUUAACAAGAAGAGAGAUAGGAAAUAGCGGACCUAUUCAUUGUCCAUCCCUUUUGUUAGCCUCUGUUUUCGAACUCUUAUAGAAACCGAACCCUGACUUUAAAACCAUAAAUUUUGGAAACGACACGAAAGCUUCGUUCUUUUGAAUUAGAUGUAGAGGCUAAGCUCACCAAGUUUUGUGUAGUAUGAGGAAGAUAAAUUCAUAUUUUGUGUGGAUAGUUUGAUUGUUGAUGGUGACUCAUUGAAAGCCAAAUUGCUGAGCGUCGUGGUUUAUUAUUAAGGAUUAUCUCUAUCUUCUUAUUGAUUAACCCCUUCAAUCCACAGUCAUGAUUAAUGGGGAAACAUAAUGAAGAUAUAGAGAUUCAUGUUCAAGCUCUUGAAUCCUUGAUAUGUGAAUGUGCAUGUUAAUAAAGUUUGUGGAGAAUCAUAUUUUGUGAA